GGCGCUAAGCCAGAGUCAAUGCAGUUUCCCAUCUGACUUCAGGGUGAAAGGGCAAGCUAAUCCACAUCAUACAGCUAGAAGGCAGUUAUGCUGCCAGCUGGAGAUACUUAGUGAAUUCCUAGUGUUUGACUCUAUUAACUUUUAACUAAACCGUGAACCAAGCUGACGGCACGACAAAGCUGGUUUUCUAUUUUAUUUUUCGUCCAUUCGCCGACACAGUUUCCUGAGAGUCACUUGUGUUUUUCCUGCUAAGCGAAGCUAACGUUAGCCUGUGUGCUCAGGUGGCCAACGUCAGCACAGAGCAGCGCUGAGCUAUUGGCAGGUAAACAAAAACAUGCGUGUGUGUUUUGUCGCACACAAUGAGGCGCUAAUUUGCACUUUAUGAGGGGCUCGUCCGAAGCCAAAACCUGCUCCGAAACAUGAGGAGACUGACCAAGAAAAAGGCUCUUACUUUGGUGAAGGAGCUGGAUGCUUUCCCCAAAGUCCCUGAGAGCUAUGUGGAGACCACGGCGAGCGGCGGGACAGUGUCUUUGAUAGCGUUCAUCUUCAUGGCUGUCCUUGCCUUCCUGGAGUUCUUUGUGUAUAGAGACACGUGGAUAAAGUACGACUACGAGGUUGACACAGACUUCAGCAGCAAACUGAGGAUAAAUGUUGACAUCACGGUGGCCAUGAGAUGCCAAUAUAUAGGUGCAGAUGUCCUAGAUCUGGCAGAGACCAUGGUUUCAUCGGAUGGCUUAAAAUAUGAACCAGUACAUUUUGAGCUUUCUCCACAACAAAGACUAUGGCACAUGACUCUGUUGCAUAUCCAGGAGCGUCUAAGAGAGGAGCACUCCCUCCAGGAUGUUCUCUUCAAGACAGUUACACAGGGAGGGCCAACCGCCGCGCCCCUCAGUGAGGACAGUCCGUCUCCCCCGGGUGCCUGCAGGAUACACGGACACCUGUACGUCAACAAGGUGGCAGGAAACUUCCACAUCACAGUGGGCAAGGCCAUCCCACAUCCCAGAGGCCACGCGCAUCUUGCUGCCCUUGUUAGUCAUGAUUCCUUUAACUUCUCUCAUCGAAUCGACCACCUGUCUUUUGGAGAGGAGAUAGCUGGGAUUAUCAAUCCGCUGGACGGGACAGAGAAAGUCACUGAUGACUAUAACCACAUGUUUCAGUACUUCAUUACCAUAGUACCCACCAAGCUGCACACCUACCAGAUCUCUGCGGACACACACCAGUACUCUGUCACUGAGCGGGAGCGGGUAAUAAACCACGCUGGAGGCAGCCAUGGCGUCUCAGGGAUCUUUAUGAAGUAUGACAUCAGCUCCCUAAUGGUUAAAGUCACCGAGCAGCACAUGCCUCUCUGGCAAUUUCUUGUCAGACUCUGCGGCAUCGUUGGAGGCAUUUUCUCUACCACAGGCAUGCUUCAUGGAAUUGUAGGCUUCUUGGUUGAUGUGCUGUGCUGUCGUUUCCAAAUUGGAGUUUACAAACAACAGGAGGAGGCUCCUCAGAACAACCAGGCAGAUAACGAACAUCUGAUUCCCACAGAAAAUCACGCUCACUGACCAGAGUCCCCACAGCUCAGCUCGGUUUUAUUCUUGUCCGCCGGCAGCCGACUGGCAGCUCGCUCCCUCCGUCCUGCCCCCACUUGGCAGCAACGGAAUAGCAACACAAACUCUGGGAAAGAAAAGAAGAUGUUUACAGGUCGCUUUGUUAUGAAAUCAGUCCCAUCUUCAUUCAAAAUUCUGUAAAUAUUUUUGACUUUUUUUUUUUUAAUGGGAUGUGGGUGAAAACCUCUCAGGCGUGACUGUUCAUCCAUCUGGGAAGCAUUGUGCUCAAGACCUUCACUGUGUUUCUGUGUCAGUAUCCCUGGCAAACUGCACCAGGAGUAAUCAGCAGCCUUUCUCAGGACGGCACUUGUAACACAAUUUCAUUUACACCGUCGUCAGUCUGAUCUUGUUAAAUAUGAUGGCACCUGGUGUUACAGAAAAACUGUGUGAAAACGCGUACACAGAUGUCAGAUUCUUUGCCUAAUGUGCCUGUGUGUGAGUAAUGACUGUUGCAAAUAUGAGGCUGAUUGGCUGAAUAAAAUACACCUUCAACUUAA